UUGAAGUGCAAUAAUUACAACAAUAGUUUGAAAAUGUCGACUUUUGUGGCUACAUUAGAAGAAUAUGGGUGGGUAGAUAAGACAAACAUAGUUGAAAAUGUUCAAGAAGAGGAUGAAGUUUUUCCUAGAUUACCAGACAAAUGGCCUGUUGAUACAUUUGUAAAAGUUGAUUCUGUAGAUGAUGAUAAGAAAUUAGGUAUGUUGUUAAUCCAAAAACAAAUGCUCGAAGAAUCGGGGGAGAAAGAUGAAUCUACUUUAAGUAAAAUUGCGGACUUGAACAUAAAUAUUGAGUGUUUGAAAAGUAAAGAUGCCGAAACGAAGAAAGUUGAAAUAAUAAAAAAUGUUAUACCAUCAAAACAAACUAUUAACACGGAGCUUACUAGAAUUAAGAAUUUUUCUUGGACGGGCCGUCGUACAAGCUUACAAGUCGCCAAUGAUAUGAAGUAUGAGAUUCAUAAAAAAAUUCAACGUAACGAUAUCAAUUAUAUUGAUCAAAUUAAACGAUUGGAGAGUUUACAACAAGAUUUAGUUAAUACUGUCAAAGAUGGAAGUUCACAUGAAAGUUUAACACAAUUAUUGAUGCCAAUCGAUGAAGAAUUGAAUAACAUUAAAAAUAAUCAUUCAUUGAUUGUUAUGAAUUUAUAUUGUCAGAAAAAUGUACUUGAUAGAGAGUCGAAAGUAUUGAGUGGACAUGUGGAAGACUAUUUGAAUGAAAUCAACGCAACUAUAAAUACGUAUGACUCAUCUACGCCAACACAUUCAGACGACAAUAAUCCAGUGUUUGAAGAUGUCAAUUAUUUAAAAAAUACAAUUGCUACACCAAUAUUAUUGGGUUUAGCAGAAAUUAUUGCAAAAAAACCACAUGAUCCUAUACACUAUUUAGCACAUUGGCUAUUCACAUAUCGUUAUAAUAAAGAUGCUAUGGAGAUAAAGAAACGGGAAUUAGAUGAAUUAUUAAUGGAACGUGAGCGUAUCCAGGAUGAAUUAAAGAAAAGACAGGCUGAAAUUGAUGCAUAUGAUGGUGUCAUUGAUUUAAUGAAUAAAAUGGAAUCAGAACAUUUAUUACAGACUAUUUUACCUGAGGAGGAAUGA